AGUUGUCGUCGUCAUCUUCAAUUUGGACUUCCAACGCCGACACCGUUUAACUCCGAUGGUUCCCCCGCCGUCUAAUCCGCAGCAGGUUCAGCAGUUCCUCUCCUCUGCCCUCUCCCAGCGCGGCCCAUCUUCAGUCCCCUACGAAGAGUCCAACAAGUGGUUGAUCCGGCAACAUCUACUUAACCUAAUCUCUUCUUACCCUUCCUUAGAGCCCAAAACGGCAUCGUUUAUGCACAACGAUGGUCGCUCCGUCAACCUCCUUCAAGCAGAUGGUACGAUUCCGAUGCCUUUUCAUGGAGUCACCUAUAACAUACCUGUGAUUAUCUGGCUCCUCGAGUCAUAUCCUCGUCAUCCUCCUUGCGUCUAUGUGAAUCCCACCGCUGAUAUGAUCAUCAAGCGACCUCACGCACAUGUCACUCCUUCUGGUCUCGUUUCUCUUCCGUACCUUCAGAAUUGGGUCUACCCUAGCUCCAAUCUCGUAGAUCUCGUCUCCGAUCUCAGCGCUGCUUUUGCUCGUGAUCCGCCUCUUUAUUCUCGACGCCGUCCUCAGCCACCGCCACCGUCUCCUCCUACGGUAUACGAUUCGUCUCUGUCACGACCUCCUUCGGCUGAUCAGUCAUUGCCUAGACCGUUCCCGCCAUCACCUUACGGCGGAGGAGUAAGUAGGGUGCAAGUGCAGCAUGUUCACCACCAGCAGCAAUCUGAUGAUGCGGCGGAGGUUUUCAAGAGAAAUGCGAUUAAUAAGAUGGUGGAGAUGGUUCAUAGCGAUUUGGUUUCGAUGAGGAGAGCCAGAGAAGCUGAAGCAGAGGAGCUGCUGAGCUUGCAAGCUGGGCUGAAGAGAAGAGAGGAUGAGCUUAAUAUAGGGUUGAAAGAGAUGGUUGAGGAGAAAGAAACACUUGAACAACAAUUACAGAUUAUCUCCAUGAACACUGAUAUUCUAGACUCGUGGGUUAGAGAGAACCAAGGCAAAACCAAGAAUUUAGUUGAUUUGGAUGUGGAUAAUGCUUUUGAAUGUGGUGACACACUCUCUAAGCAGAUGUUAGAGUGUACUGCUUUGGAUUUAGCCAUUGAAGAUGCUAUUUAUUCCUUGGAUAAGUCGUUUCAAGAUGGUGUUGUUCCCUUUGAUCAGUAUUUGAGGAAUGUGAGGUUGUUGUCGAGAGAACAGUUCUUCCACCGAGCCACGGGUUCUAAAGUCAGGGCGGCACAAAUGGAGGUUCAGGUUGCAGCCAUCGCAGUUUAUUCACCAUGCAAAAGGAAACUAAAACCUUGUCGAAUUGAACCCAUUAGCUCCACCAUCAAUGAUGAAACCUUGUCAAGUCUUCUUAUCAGCAACUGCAACAUCCUUACGCCUUGUUUUGCUUCAUCAGUGUGCCUUUGAAUCUUUCGUAGUCUUGGAUAAAACCAGCUCCUUCCUUGCAACUCCCUAGCCUCCUUCCUUGAGGAGUUAGGUAAUAAACAUCGGCUUUAUAACAAUUUCUCUUAGAAUCAGGUCCUGUUGAAUACUUUUCUAGUCUAUGAACCUCCACUUGUAGCACUUUGUACAUUGUACUGCAUGUAUCGAUUAACCUCAGUUGAUACCUCGUAUUGGUUGGAGUGAAGGGGUGUCCAUAUCCUUUGGGUUCGGUUCAUUAAACAGACUGAUACUUGACAAAUUAUAACUACAAGUCUAUAAUGGUAAACACUUGGACUUGAUAUU